UGGGUAUUUCUUAUCAAAUUUCGAAAUUUGAUUCCUGAGUCAUUGCUGCUGAGUCACAUGAAUUAAUUAUGGAUGUAACUUUUUUAUUUCAAUGCAAGCUAUCUAUACUACUAUUAUUAAAAAAGAAAACGUGAUACCACUAAUGAAAAAAAAAAUAUGGGCAGUUUGUUGCCCUGAAAGUCAUUCCCUCACUUGUCCCUUAGUCCAAUAACAUUUACUAUAACGCCUGCUCAUCUCAAAUAAAACAAUAUUUUUAUAAAUUAAAUAUUGUGAACAUAUUAGAAAGAUAGUGUUAUUGUUUAUAUAAACUUUCAUUGCACUAUGACGAAUACGCAUAAAAAUAUACUAUUUUAAAUUAUGUCCCGCAAAAUAAAAUCAUUCCCUCACCGUAUUACGGAUUUUCGAUUUCUAAUCGUAUCGAAAGAGAUUUAUGAACGCAACCUUAAGUUUUUUUAAACUGGCAACACUCCCAAACGUUUCAAUAUGGCGAUUUCUUUUUAUCAAUAGGUGAGUUAGUGCAAAAAAAUAUUACGUUCAAAAUAGUUAAGCAUUACGUUUAUGGCGGUCAUUACCUCACGUUACAUUUAUGUAAAAGGUAUUUUAGUAUAUGUGUUUAUGUUUUGUGAUUUUUAUGCGUUUUUGGGAGUAAAAUAAUAUCUCAAAACGUUAAAAUCAAAUUGAGGUUAUGUACCGGUAUUUUUGUAGCUUUAGUUAAAAUUCGUCAUUCCCUCACGGUCAUUCCCUCACUACAUUCAGGAGUGAGGGAAUGACGGUUGUAUGAGGGAAUGAUUAUACAGUAUUCUUUUAGAUUAUUUUAUUUCUUUCUUUCGAUUUGUGCUUCACGGCAUUUCAUUUUAAACAGGUAUUGUAUAUGAAAGAAAAAUGGCAAGACAAAAGAAGUUGAGUGACUUAGAAAAGAAAUUGAAAAAGAAAGAGUAUGACAGAAAAAGGCGAGAAAAAGUGAAAAAUAAUACGGAAUCUUUGGAAAAACUGCGGGAAAAGGAAAGGUUAAAAUAUAUAAAGAAAAAAGAGAAGGGUCAGGUAAAAUCAGUCGUUGCUAUGAAUGCUAGAGAGCUUAGACAAAAGCGAAAACAAUGGAAAAAAAAUAGUAAAGUGUAUAGGGAUAAAAAAGAUAUAGCACGCAAAGAUUUACAAAGAGUACUUGAUGAUACACCUCCACAAAGUCCAUCUGUUUUGCAGCAAAGUAGAGAAGAUAUAGCUGCUCGUAAUAGACGUCAGAUGCGAAGACGACGAGCUAUUUUGUAUGCGAGGAUUGUUAAUUUGGAAAAAAGAGUGAAGAAUGCAGUUAAGUUAAGCGAAAAAUACAAGAAAAGAUAUUUGAGACUGAAAACAAAAAAUACUGAUCCAGAAUCUCCUACAACUAAAGUAAAUACGUUCUUAAAGAAUGUACAAGUUCCGGAUCUUGUGAAGAAGAAGUUACUUUUCGGAGAAGCGUUAUCAAAAGACCUAAAGACUAGUUACGAUGAUCUUGGAAAGAAACAUGAAAACAAGAAAAAGUAUUACAACAUGUUGAAGCUGAAAUCAUUGCACAAAUAUAAAUUACUACAUGCAGCGAAACCUUUUUUUAAGCAUGAUACUUCAAAAAGACAAAAGCCUCGUAAAAUAAGCGCCAAAAUGCUGAAGGUAAAAGACGAUGUAAUUAAAUUUUUGGAGAAAGAUGAAAACACAAGAAUGUGUCCAGGGAAAAAAGACUAUCUUAAAUCUAAAGAAGGCAAAACGCAACAAAAGCGUGUUUUAUAUGACACACUUUAUAACUUACACCAAAAGUUCCUAGGCACAGUCAAUUAUAAGAUAAGCUUAGCAACUUUUUGCAAAUUCAGACCUUUUUGGAUUACCUGGCAAAAUGUGAAUGAGCGAAAUACCUGCAAAUGCGUAAAGCAUGCCAAUAUUGAACUGAUGAUAUCUAAAUUGCAUGAAGUCAAAGCUUUGAAAUUUAGUAGUGUGACUGCAGCUCUAGCAAGUGUAACCUGCAAUGUGCAUUCUACAAAAUGUCUAUUCAGGGAAUGUUCAACCUGCAAGGAACGCACUUUAGAAUACUACUUACCAAUGCCUAAUCAGUUGGUGACCUAUCGACAAUGGAUUUAUGAAGUCAGUUCAUUUGAAAAGGACGGAAAACAAAGGUCAGUUCGUAAACCCGUCAAGAAAGAGUAUAGGGUUAAAUUGAAACAGCUUGUUCAAGAUUUGGAAGCAGCAUUACCAGUUUUUUUCCAACAUGUUGGCACUAUAGCACAUCAAUAUCAAGCCAUUCAAAAUAUAAAGAACAAUUUAACAAUAAAUGACGUUCUAAUUCAUGUAGAUUUCAGCGAAAAUUAUUGUUGCAAGUAUAAUGAGGAAAUACAAGCUGUCCACUUUGGGGGAGCAAGACAGCAGAUAACAAUGCAUACAGGAGUACUGUACUUGCGCAAUGGUGAUACAGUCAAACCUGUAUCUUUCUGUUCUCUAUCUAGCAACAACAGACAUGACACAACGGCUAUUACAUAUGUUGAGUGA